GAAAGCGAGAAUAAGAAUAAUGAUAGUCCUCUCAAAAAACAAGAAAUAAAGAACCAACAGCUCAUCUUCCCUUCGCUUUAAUUGCCUCACAUUCCAACAAGUUCAAUCACAAUUUCUUCACAACCUUCAACACAAAAAUCCAGAGUAAAAAAAACUUACAAUUACAAAUGGUUCCUCGUGAUCAUAUUGUGAUGCUACCAUUCAUGGCCCAUGGCCAUCUCAUACCAUUCCUAGCACUAGCAAGACAGAUCCAACAAAGAACUGGAUUCACCAUCACCAUUGCCAGCACCAAGCUCAACAUUCAAUACCUCCGUUCCACCAUUUCAACUGACUCAAAUUCACAAUCCCUCUUCAACGUCAGAUUUGCUGAGCUCCCAUUCAACAGCACUGACCAUGACUUACCACCCAACUCUGAGAACACUGAGAACUUGUCUCUCGGCAACAUAGGAAAGCUCUUUCAUGCAUCAAUCAGUCUCAAGGACCCUGUCUUGCACCUUGUCAAUGAUAUCAUCCACCAAGAAGGGAAACCUCCGCUCUGUAUAAUAUCAGACGUGUUCUUUGGGUGGGCCACAGAGCUUGCAAAGAGUGUAAACACUGUGAAUAUUACCUUCACCACUGGUGGUGCCUAUGGCACCUUGGCUUACGUUUCUGUUUGGCUCAACCUACCACAUCGCUCAUCAGAUUCUGAUGAGUUCAAAGUCCCGGGGUUCCCUGAAAGCUACCGUUUUCAUCGCUCUCAACUUCAUCAAUAUAUAAGAGAUGCAGAUGGUAAGGACUUGUGGUCUAGAUUUAUGCAGACACAGAUUUCACAAUCUUGUGGGUCUGUUGGUUGGUUGUGUAACUCAGUUGAGGAAAUUGAACCAUUGGGGUUCGAUCUUCUGAGGAAGUAUCUCAGACUUCCUGUUUGGUCUAUUGGGCCUCUUAUUCCUCCAGCGUUACUUAAGAAUACAUCAUCUUCAAGUUUUUCUUUUUCUAAACAACAUGCUGGAAAAAGACCAGGACUCACUACUGAAAAAUGCAUUGAGUGGCUUGAUUUGCACGGUCCUGAUUCGGUUCUUUACAUUUCUUUUGGCUCGCAAAACACUAUUGGUUUGUCCCAAAUGAUGGAAUUAGCUAUUGGGUUGGAGGAUAGUGGAGUAUCUUUCAUUUGGGUCAUAAGGCCACCCAUUGGUUUCGACAUGAGAAGUGAGUUCAGAGAUGAAUGGUUACCAGAAGGGUUUGAAGAGAGAAUGAAGCAAAGCAAACGAGGGUUGUUAGUGCGUAACUGGGCACCCCAAUUGGACAUUCUGUCACACAAAUCCACAGGAGCAUUUCUAAGCCAUUGUGGAUGGAACUCUGUGUUGGAGAGCUUAAGCCAAGGUGUGCCUAUUCUAGGAUGGCCUAUGGCGGCUGAGCAAGCUUACAACUCAAAGAUGCUGAUGGAGGAGAUGGGUGUGAGUGUAGAGUUGACCAGAGGGAGUCAAGGAAUUAUUGUGGGGAAAGAGGUGAAGAGGGUCAUUGAAUUGGUUUUGGAAAAAGAGGGUAAAGGCAAGGAUAUGAGGAAUAAGGCUGUUGAGGUUAAAAAGCAGUUGAGGGCAGCGGUAAGUGAUGAGACAGAGAAUAAGGGUUCUUCUGUUAAAGCAAUGGAUGACUUUGUGAGAACCAUUCUUUCCAAGAGUCAAGAGCAAGCUGCGUCAAUUGAGGUUCAAAAAUAAAUGGGAAAUUAAUUAGGUUGGUUCUUGAUAGAAUAAGCAUCACCAACUUUUUUGUCAUUGCGAAUUGUGAAUCUCAUGUUCAGAUGAUAUAUGAUUGAUUUAGUUUUUGGAAUAAUAUUGAUUUAAGAUUUUUUAUUGCCUCAGCUGUAAGACUGGUGAUAAAUUGCACAACAGUUUUUUCUCUUGAGACAAUAAAAUUAAGGUGGAAGAUUAUAAUA